AUGAGCGGCCCUCUCUAUGUAAUUCCUUGUACCGACAAAUGGAAGAAAUUCUUUCAGCUGUAUGGACAGCUACCUGAGCUCUGGAAAAUCGAAUAUCGACACAAAAAGAAUAAGGAGGGGAAACGGGAAGCAGCCUACGAAAAGUUGUUGCAGCUGUACAAGACUAUCGAUCCGAAUGCCACGAUCGAUGUUAUGAAGAGGAAGAUUAAUGGCGUACGCACCUGCUUUAAUCGCGAGCUGCGAAAAGUCGAGGAGAGUGAGCGAACUAGUUCAAAAACGGGACAUGUUCGUGUGCCGAACCUGUGGUACUUUGAUGCUCUCUCUUUUCUGCGGGAGGCGCAUUUGCCGGAGCGUCGACACCGAGAGCCCGCCAUUCGCGUGAAAUCCGAAGAAGAAAUCUGGAUUUCUGAAAGCGAAAACGGCAAUGAGGUGGACGAUGCGGAAGAUAAAAAUGCUUCAAGUGACUGGAGUAAUCCAACCCCAGUGGAGCAACCUUUUGAGCAAAGAGAACAGGAUACAGGAAUGCUGUUGCAGAAUUUCGAAUUGCUUCAACAGGCGGCAAAUCAGCUCAACAAUUCCAGUUCCCGGGAUGAGGCGACAAUCUAUGCCGAGGGCUGGGCCACAUCCUAUCGCAAGCUGAACGAGAGACAAAAAUUGUUGGCCAAAAAGGCCAUCGAGGAGAUCUUUGUGUUGGGCCAGUUGGACCAAUUGCAGGUUAAUUCCGUGUUAAUAAACCCAAGAUGA